GACGGGUUUAUAGCAUAUUUGUUGUUGGAAAUUAAAUACCGGUUUCUUUAUCGAUUCUUUAUCGAUUGCAUUAGUAUAUUUGUACAUGUCAAUACUCUUUGUAAAUUAUGUUUAACAAGCUAGCUAGCGUAUUACGAUUGUGAAAUCCUUGUUGUAGUCCUUUGAGUAUGUUAACGGCGUGACGUCAAACCAAGUCGUGUUGACAUCAAGCUACAUGAGCUAGCUAACAGAUAUAUUCAGGGAGAUCAACCAAUCCAACCCCUGUGGACUUGCUAGAUGAAACAUUAAUGUUCUCAUGGUGUUAUUCGGAUAUUCGUGGUCUCUCACACUUGCUCGUGGUGUCAUGUGCAUAAGACAUGCAUAACGGAUAUAACGAGAUUGGGUUUGUUCAGCAAAUUCUUAGCUUGAAUUUGGUCCCAAGGAAAAAUGGCACCAAUCGAGGCAACGACACAUCGCUUAGCGACUUCUCAGAGAUGUGGUAUGGCGUCUUCUUGUGGGCUGCUGUCUCUUCACUGGUGUUCCACCUCCCCGCUGCUCUCCUGGCCCUCGCCACCCUGCGACAACACAAGAUGGCCCGCUUCAUGCCCAUCGCCAUCCUACUGAUGGGCAUCGUGGGCCUUGUGUGUGGUGGAGUCCUCACCAGUGCUGCCAUAGCUGGGGUGUACAAAGCAGCAGGGAAGAGGAUGAUCUCCUUGGAGGCCUUGGUGUUUGGAGUGGGCCAGUCCUUCUGUGUUCUCAUUAUAUCCUUCCUCAGAGUCCUAGCUACACUCUAGCACUAGGACACAGGAAUUCAAGAAGGGAGUGAGGGGGGAAGAACAUGCAAUCAUCAGGACGGCAUAUGCAAGAGACAGCUGUUCCUUCAGAGGCCUUAUUUUCUAUAACCGUUACCGGAUKACUCUUUGUUUGAUACAUGAUUAUUUUCCAAAGUGGUAUAUUUCAGGGCUAACCAGGGGCUCUGUCUUCAUUCUUUGUUAGUUUUCAUUCAGAUUGUUGUGUGUGUGGCUGUGGCACUAUACUCUGAACUAGCCUUCUCAUUUUGUGAGUUAUAUGUGUAUCAUACACAUGGCUGAGAAUGAAACAUUCCAGAGAAAUUGCACUCUACAAUUUGGUUGAGUAAACUAAGUUUUACUGUUCAACGGCCUGUAAAAGACUAGCCUAUACAUGUCUGAGCC